GGAAUAGAGGGAUAAGAGUAUAAAGAAAAUUUCGACCUAAUGUCAAUAUUUCUCAGGGUGUGUUAUUACAAUUCCUACACGAUUGUAGUUUAUGCUAAAAUCCCUUGCAAUCUCGUUCCCGGGCAUUUUGCCUUGUUGAUAAAGUUGAUAGCGGCCACUCUGCAAUAACGGCUCAGGGGCCACAAGACCCUGGGGACGAAGUUGUAUCCCUUGUGUAAGUUCAAUAGGAGAAAAAUAUAAACCCUGUAAACGAGAUUGCGUCACGAGAUCAACCAAUAAUUCAAUAGAUAAUCGAAUGCACGUAAUUUAUUUUUUUCUUAGGCCAUCAUUGAGAUCAGAAAGUUAUUUCUAAAUGAAUGGUAAAACAAAUUAAAAUUAAAAAUUUAUGGUCGUUUCAAUUCAUUGGCGUCACUGAAAGCAAGAUGAAAACAAGGUAUCGUUUCUUCUUCGUUCUGUUUCGGUGCGCAUUUCAGUAUGCUAGGAGAGAUGUUUGGAAUAAUAUCACGACUCUUCUGUUGUCUAACUCUUCUUUUUUACGCUAUCAAUGGAAUAAUCCUGAGAUUACCAGAUUGCAACAAAUUUGAUGCGGCGUGGACGGAAUUUUAUUAUGAUGAAAUUCUUAAAGGGAGUAAACAUUCUCUUGUGUCAGAUCACACCAUGGUGCAGUGUUUAGAGAAGUGUAUGCUGUAUCCAAAAUGUAGAAGCGUAAGUGUGAAAGAAGAUGAAAAAUUAUGUAUGUUGCAUCACAGCCGACAUGACGACGAGAAAAAUAAAUUAGAAAUGGCGGAAGGUUGGACUCACAUUGAAACCGAUGACACUUUGGAAAAUAUUGGUCCUUACUGCAACGCCAAUCGACCAUGUGAAGGAUAUGAUAUAUGUGUUGACACAUGCAGUGGAGAGCAAUACGAAUGCUACCGAUAUGAAGAAGAGUAUGAGAUAAACGAAUCGGGUGGGAGUGGGGGGGAGAGGGUGGGGUGGAAGAGGGUGGGUCAGAAAAAACAAGCUGGUCAAGAAUAAGAGAAUGGUGGAAGGGAUAUUAUAGACCGAGAAACUGGAGAGGGAGAAGACAUUUUUAAGAUAAUCAAGACUUGUUAAAAAACGUUUAUAAAUUCUAUAGUAAGUCCAACCAUGGAUAAAAAAACAGGCCAACAUCUUUCUCACCUCAGGGUUACCUUGACUGCCGCUGAAAACACAUGUUUCCAUACAUGAUCAGCCAACCUCGUUGCCAGGGCAAUGUUUUGUUCUUUGGCAUCUGAGACGGCGCGAAUCAAUAAAUCGAAAAAUUACCCCUGAAACAAGGUUGCUGAUUAGCGUUUUGAGCUUUACAUGAUAAAGGAAAAGUUUUUUUUGGCAUAUGGUGGAGUGACGUCAUUAGAAUUUCUCAAAAUCGCGAACUUUUUGCAUUGUGUGGCUUGCCUAGCUGGACAUUUUUUAUGGGUCUAACGACAAACAUAUUGUGAAGUGAUAAAACAUGAGAAAUCCACACAAAAAUUUUGAACAAGCCAAAGUUGAAUUUUAUUAAAUAUUGUUUUUUAAUUUAUAUGGUGUGUAACCAACACACUCACCUCAUAGUCUUCCUACUAUUUUUUUCAGAUUUUUAUUCAGUGUCUAUGGCACCUUUUACAUUUUGUUUGUGUAGCUAAAAUAUAUAUGUAGCAGUCAUUCUAUUGUAACUAAGGACUUAUUAAAGCAUUUUUUUAUUAUUUUAGUUUGGACGCACUUACUAGGCAAAUUUGUACAAAUCACAUGUUGUCAAAUAUAAAAUAUAAAGU